ACUCCGAGCCGGGGCAGGGAGCUGCAGUGCAUUCUGGGAAAGUCGCUUGGCCCUCGGCUUUGUGUCCCGCCCCACAGCAGGGUUUGGUUUUCCGAGGUGAGCGGAGCCACCGCGGUUCCCGGCUUGCGGGCUCUCCUCGGAGGCGCCUCUGCUUCCCACCUCGGGUUUUGGCUUGCGCGGGGGAUCCUUCCGACGCCCCCCGACGGCGCCAGCAUGUCUGGAGUGCGCGCUGUGCGGAUCAGCAUCGAGUCCGCCUGCGAGAAGCAGGUCCAGGAGGUGGGCCUGGAUGGCACUGAGACGUACCUGCAGCCGCUGUCCAUGUCGCAGAACCUGGCGCGCUUGGCCCAGCGGAUCGACUUCAGCCAGGGUUCGGGCUCCGAGGAGGAGGAGGCGGCCGGGGCCGAGGGCGACGCGCAGGACUGGGCAGGCGCCGGGUCCAGCGCGGACCAGGACGAUGAGGAAGGGUUGGUAAAAUUUCAGCCUUCCCUUUGGCCUUGGGACUCAGUGAGGAACAAUUUGAGAAGUGCCCUGACAGAGAUGUGUGUUCUCUAUGAUGUCCUCAGUAUUGUUAGGGAUAAAAAAUUUAUGACUCUUGAUCCGGUCUCUCAGGAUGCACUUCCUCCAAAACAGAAUCCACAGACACUGCAGUUGAUAUCAAAAAAGAAGUCGCUCGCUGGAGCAGCACAGAUCCUGUUGAAGGGGGCAGAAAGACUGACCAAGUCAGUUACUGAAAACCAAGAAAAUAAGCUGCAGAGAGACUUCAACUCUGAGCUUUUGAGAUUACGGCAACACUGGAAACUCAGGAAAGUUGGGGAUAAGAUUCUUGGAGAUCUGAGCUACAGAAGUGCAGGAUCUCUCUUUCCCCAUCAUGGUACAUUUGAAGUAAUAAAGAAUACAGAUAUUGAUCUGGAUAAGAAGAUACCUGAAGAUUACUGCCCCCUUGAUGUUCAAAUUCCUAGCGAUUUAGAGGGGUCUGCCUAUAUCAAGGUUUCAAUUCAGAAACAGGCUCCAGACAUAGGUGAUCUGGGCACAGUCAACCUCUUCAAACGACCUUUGCCCAAAUCCAAACCAGGUUCCCCACAUUGGCAGACGAAAUUAGAAGCAGCACAAAACGUUCUCUUGUGUAAAGAAAUUUUUGCACAGCUGUCUCGGGAAGCUGUUCAAAUUAAGUCACAGAUCCCUCACAUUGUGGUGAAAAACCAGAUUAUCUCUCAGCCCUUUCCAAGCUUGCAGUUAUUGAUUUCUUUAUGCCAUUCCUCAAAUGAUAAGAAAUCCCAAAAAUCUGCUACUGAGAAGCAAAGUCCGGAGGACCAUCUUUAUGUCUUAGAGCAUAAUUUGCAUCUACUAAUUAGAGAGUUUCAUAAACAGACUUUGAGUUCCAUCAUGAUGCCUCAUCCAGCAAGUGCACCUUUUGGUCACAAGAGAAUGAGACUUUCAGGUCCUCAAGCUUUCGAUAAGAAUGAAAUCAGUUCACUACAAUCCAGUGAGGGGCUUCUGGAAAAAAUAAUUAAACAAGCAAAGCAUAUUUUCCUGAGGAGCAGAACUGCUGCGACCAUUGACAGCUUAGCAAGUCGCAUUGAGGACCCUCAGAUACAGGCUCACUGGUCAAAUAUUAAUGAUGUUUAUGAAUCUAGUGUGAAGGUUUUAAUCACAUCACAAGGUUAUGAACAGAUAUGCAAGUCCAUCCAGCUGCAGUUGAAUAUCGGAGUUGAGCAGAUCCGAGUUGUACACAGAGAUGGAAGAGUGAUUACACUGUCUCAUCAGGAGCAGGAGCUCCAGGAUUUCCUUCUGUCCCAGAUGUCACAGCAUCAGGUGCAUGCAGUUCAGCAGCUCGCCAAAGUCAUGGGCUGGCAGGUGCUCAGCUUCAGUAAUCAUGUGGGACUUGGGCCCAUAGAGAGCAUUGGCAAUGCAUCCGCCAUCACCGUGGCCUCCCCAAGCGGCGACUAUGCUAUAUCAGUUCGUAAUGGCCCUGAAAGUGGCAGCAAGAUCAUGGUUCAGUUUCCCCGUAACCAGUGUAAAGAUCUUCCAAAAAGUGAUGUUUUACAAGAUAGCAAAUGGAAUCAUCUUCGUGGACCAUUCAAAGAAGUUCAGUGGAAUAAAAUGGAAGGUCGAAACUUUGUUUAUAAAAUGGAGCUGCUUAUGUCUGCACUUAGCCCUUGCCUACUGUGAGUUUUGUUUCCAGAACAGUUUCUAGAUUAUUUUUUUCCAGAGAAGUUUCCAGAAACUGACUUGAGAAGAUGAACUAUAAGCACAAAGAAGAGAAAUUUUCCAAAGGAGUAUUGUUUAAAAAAAAAAAAAAUUAGCAGAUGUUUACCUAGCAUUUUGAAACCUUUCACUUUAUAAGUGCCAAGUGCUUUGAAAUGCAGAUGCUUAUGUACAGUUACAGGGUAUGUAGUAUGGGGAGAUGCAAAACAACUUUUUUUAUGCAGUUGAAAUGUUACUAAUUUAUGGGUUUGAAUUCAACUUUUUUAAAUAUUCCUUUGAUGUUGACAUCAAAUAAAGCAUAUGGUUAAAAAUUCCAGAUAUUCUCUGAACUCUUAACAACCUUUAAUCAACGUGUCUCAUUCCACUGUUUGUUAAAAAGAUUGCAUAAGAAUGUUUGAACACUCGUGAGUCAGCAUUCCUACAGGAGUGCACUCACCCCCUAAGCCAGUGGAACAGAGGACGCGCCUGCAGGGGGAGCCCCUCCUCCUAGAGCUGCCAACGGGGGCACUUGUCUUAGCAAAUCAGGUAUCUCACUGUCUUAUGUAUGCCCGGGUCUGACCGAAACAGGUCAGAGCUGUUUGAGAGCUUCUUAGAAGGUGCCAGCUGAAGGCCUGAGGGCAGAAUGUAUCUCUGGGGCUUCCUCGGGUCCCCUUUUGGUUUCUUCCUCCCCAUGAAUGACCUCUGUCCAUUCGGACCAGAUGUGCUUACACCUCGCCCCACCUGCCCCUGCCUCCCUUCAAGAGCUCUGGACUCCUUUUCCAGUGAAGGGCUUGUCUUUACUCCAUGGGUGUUCUUUCCUGAGGGGAAAAUACUGAUGGAUCAGUGAAUUGAUUACGCUUUACAAAUAACAUGUUUCAACUUCCUGGAACUAGUCCCCAAUCCCAAAAUGUGCCCAAGGAACCUCCCUCCAUAAGAGACUUAGGUUGAUAUGGGUCUUUUGGAACCACUAUGAAUAAUGCAUAAGUUAGUGUUUUCCUGAUGAGAAAGGCUUUCAAUUUUUUUUUUUUUUAAAGAUUUUAUUUAUUUAUUUGACAGACGGAGACAGCGAGAGCAGGAACACAAGCAGGGGGAAUGGGAGAGGGAGAAGCAGGCUUCCCGCAGAGCAGGGAGCCCGAUGCGGGGCUCGAUCCCAGGACCCUGAGAUCAUGACCUGAGCCGAAGGCAGACGCUUAACGACUGAGCCACCCAGGCGCCCGGCUUUCAAUUUUUUAAAAGAGACCCUUUUAAUCAUUCAUAAGAUGACUAUGAAGUAACUUUAAAAGGUUUCUGUAUUUCUCCCUUUUUCUUUUAAAAGAAAAAUGGAGCUUGUAAGCCCUCAAAUACCAUAACAUCUUUGUGUUUGUUUGCUUUUUUUGUCCUCUGGAUCAAGAUACUGCAUCUUUCUUUCCAUGGAAAUUUUUAAAAAAUUGGUCUGAAUCUAAAUUAUAAAUCUGUAUAAAUCUUUUCAUGGUGGCCCACAGAAGUUGCCUUAUAGCUAAUUAUCCUAAGCUCAUCUGUACAGCUCUACUCCCACGAGGAGCCUUAGGUGAUUUUGAAGGCUCACAUACUAAUACAGCAAAUCUCAAAGGACUUCUGCCAGGGGACUAGUUAUUUUAAUUUCCGUCCACUGUAGGUUGAUACUUCAGUAAAGAUAAUAAUUAGAAAAAUUAAAUUUUAAAGAUACCAAAUAAAAGCCCUCUCCUUUUAUUAUGAUAGACAUAAGAUGGCUAUCAAACAUUUCUGACUGCUUUGUUGGCCCUCGUCAUGAGCGGGUACAACAGGACCACGCUGAGUGGAGCGGAGAGCGCACACACACAUAGGACCACCUCUUCUCUUAAACUUCAUUUGAGGAGAGUGGAACAGUUGAAGACUGACACCAUCUUCAUAUGCCUUCCUAUCCCCGUUAUUUUAAAUCACCAGGUAGGGACUAGCCAUCACCCACAAUGGAAACUGAGGUAAAGGCGGGGGAGGGACGGGAAAUGGCAGCUCUUGGGCCUUGCGUUGAUUUACUGAUUUACAUUUUCCAGCUUAGUGUGGCAACGUGAAGGACCUGGCGCCGGAAGGAGGCGCUGCGAAACUUCAGAGACCAGUUAGAGAAAACCAGUUAGUCCCUCCCUCUGUGUUCACAGGCUGACAGGAGCUGUGCUCAGACGUUGGUUCUGCCUCUGUUCAGCUGUAUCCGUUUGGCAAGCCUGUCCUCUUGGAGCCUGUUCCCUUAGGUGUACAACAAGGGCAAGGACGCCCCUGCUCACCUCAGUGAUGGUUCAAAGGCCUCAGGAUGGUUGGUAAUGGGCGUGAAAUUCUGAAGGGCUGUGCGGCUAUAAGACAUCAAAUGCCUGUUUUCUAAAAGUCAAGCGUUUUGGACUUUGGUAAGCAGUUAAGACGCCAGCUUUAUUUUUACUUAUCAGUAGGAGAAGGCAUUUUAGAACGUCCUGCAUCGUUCAGAUUCAUGGAUGGUAAAGACAGUGAGUGCAUCUGUGGCCAGGAAGAUUGUUGUUUUCUCCAGCUCAUUUUGAAAGCCGUGCUCCGUGGUCAGUCUCUUUCCAUACCUUUGUCCUUCACUUCCUACUCCAGUUCUUCGCGGCCUUACGUACUUGGGGCCAAAGGCUCUUUGAAUCUCACUUUAGGAUGGGAACUGACAGACUGUUCAUCCCUGAGAAACCCUGUGUCUGAAAUGGCAAGCACUGGGACGUGAGUGCUACUCAGACUCUCUAAGUGACCAGAGCUUGGUCUUUGUUCUAAAGUUUGCUGUUUCCUAUCUACCAGUCCACUUCUAGAAAUUCAUCCUGUAGGCAUAGUUCACAAAGCACAGAUUCACAAAGAUUACUGUAUAAGGAUUAGAGGAGGUCUGCAAAAGUGAAAAAUUGAGGCCAAUUUAAACGUCCAAAUGAGGAGAAGGACUAUAUUAUGGUAAAGGAGCCCCAAAUACUGGCGCUCAUUUUUACUUCUCUAAAAGUUGAGCUCAAAUGGCCAAGGAGUUUUUCUGCUCCCAAUGUUAUGACUCUCCUUUAUUGUGAACCAGGAAAACCUCCAUAUUAUUCUGUAUUUGUUUUCCUAUUUACUGAUUGUAAAACAUUUGUUGUAGAACAGACUAUGUUUGGCUUGAAAUGAUGGAUGAAGAAGAUGUUUGAGAUAGAAAAGUAGCAGACAUGGAACAGGGUAGAGAGCCCAGAAAUAAGCCCAUACUUGCAUGGUCAAUUAAUCUAUGACAAAGGCAACAAGAACUUAUGGGGAAAAGACGGUCUCUUCAAUAAAUGGUGUUGGGAAAACUGGA